CCUCUUGAACAUGGACGUAGGCAAAUGUGGAAGGGCAGGGAGAAUGAUUUGGAUUGGAUUUUCUAUAUAUCUUUUGAAGGUGGUGGUGGUUGUUGAGGAAAGUGAAGGUGCUAGGACCACAAUUCACUCUAAGGGAAAGAUACUAAUGAAAAACUUCGAAACAAGGAAGAUGAGGACAAAAUUGAGCACUUGCAACGUAUGGUUUCCGCUGCUUGUUCUCCUGGUGUGGAACCCAGCCAGGUUGGUGCUGGCUAACAUCCAAGAAGAUGAGGCUAAAAAUAAUAUCACCAUCUUUACAAGAAUUCUAGACAGACUUCUGGAUGGUUACGAUAAUCGUCUUAGACCAGGACUGGGAGACAGCAUUACUGAAGUCUUCACCAACAUCUAUGUGACCAGUUUUGGCCCUGUCUCAGAUACAGAUAUGGAAUAUACAAUAGAUGUUUUCUUUCGACAAAAAUGGAAAGACGAGCGGUUAAAAUUUAAAGGUCCCAUGAAUAUCCUUCGACUUAACAACUUAAUGGCUAGCAAAAUCUGGACUCCUGACACCUUCUUUCACAACGGGAAAAAGUCAGUGGCUCACAAUAUGACAAUGCCAAACAAGCUGCUUCGAAUCCAGGAUGACGGAACAUUGCUGUACACCAUGAGGCUUACAGUCCAAGCCGAAUGUCCAAUGCACUUGGAGGACUUUCCAAUGGACGCUCACUCAUGCCCACUGAAAUUUGGAAGCUAUGCUUACACGACCUCGGAAGUCACUUAUAUUUGGACUUACAAUGCUUCUGACUCUGUUCAGGUUGCUCCUGAUGGCUCUAGGUUAAAUCAGUAUGAUUUGCUGGGCCAGUCAAUUGGGAAGGAGACAAUUAAAUCAAGCACAGGUGAAUACACGGUAAUGACAGCUCAUUUCCACUUGAAAAGGAAAAUUGGGUAUUUUGUGAUUCAGACCUAUCUGCCUUGCAUCAUGACUGUCAUUCUCUCCCAAGUGUCAUUCUGGCUGAACAGAGAAUCGGUGCCAGCGAGAACUGUGUUUGGAGUAACAACUGUUUUGACAAUGACCACAUUAAGCAUCAGUGCUCGAAAUUCCCUUCCCAAAGUGGCCUAUGCCACUGCCAUGGACUGGUUUAUCGCUGUUUGUUACGCGUUUGUGUUCUCUGCCUUAAUUGAAUUUGCAACUGUUAAUUACUUCACGAAAAGAGGAUGGGCUUGGGAUGGAAAGAGUGUAGUAAAUGACAAGAAAAAAGAGAAAGGCUCCGUCAUGAUACAGAACAACGCCUAUGCUGUAGCCGUUGCCAACUACGCCCCGAAUCUUUCCAAAGAUCCUGUCCUCUCUACCAUUUCCAAAAGUGCAACUACUCCAGAACCAAACAAGAAGCCAGAGAACAAGCCAGCCGAAGCCAAGAAAACUUUCAACAGUGUCAGCAAAAUCGACAGAAUGUCUAGAAUAGUGUUCCCGGUUCUGUUUGGUACUUUUAAUUUAGUUUACUGGGCUACGUAUUUAAACCGGGAGCCUGUAUUAGGGGUUAGUCCUUGAGUCUAGACAUUGGUUACUUUGGGGCUGUAUUGCAGUGUUAUAUUUAGUUUUUGUUUUUGUUUUUGUUUUGUUUUCAUUUUUGCUUUGUACAGUCUGACUAAUAACUGCUAAUUUAUGACCCAAUAUGUAUAGUAUGUAUAUAAUGGUAGAGCUUACCAGUAGACCUCUAAAGGAGACCUGCACUUGCUAGCUCAUGGAAAUACAGGCAGAAAACAUCCCGUGCCAGAAGAGCCAUUGCCUUUUCAACACAUUUACCUAGGACCUAGUUCAAAGUGGAUUUCAGAUCCCAUAAUUUAUUUAUUAAUGUUCUAAUUAGAAUGAAAGUUGAGAUCCUAUGUCACACUUCGGGAAACCUUUGAUUUAGAUAUUACAUAGAGAACUAUUUCUACGGAUGCCUCAGGAUGAUCAGAGAUUAAUAUUGUCACUCAAAUAUGUGAAACAGCUAAACCUCUGGCCUGGUUGCUUUAGGAGAGUUGAACCCCUGCUAGUAUAAUUGGAAGCUUGACACACAUAAGGAGAGAGCUAGAGAUGUGAAAAAAGCAUUUAAUUACUAUGUAGAAUAUCUAUAGCCAUGUACAUAUUACAAGCAUGACAAGCUCAAGUAACUAUGAGUCACCAUGACAGGAUGUUAAUUAUGCUUAAAUAACUAUUGGAAUGUCACAGUCAUUAUAUUUUUAGCUUCAGAGUUUAUUUGAAAGUAGUAACUGAACCUUACAGUUCACUUCAAUCAUUGGAAACUACCUAACAUUAAAAAAAAUAAAAUAAAUAGGAAGAUAUAUGGACUUAGUCCUUCCAGGUGUGUGCUGUCAGCUGAAAUUUUCUGGUGCUGGAGAAUGGAAGAAAGGCGCCAUCUUGGCAGCAACAGAGCAACGUUCACUCGUAUCAGAUUAGAAAGCUGUGCCAAAAACUCCAAGCAAUGAGAAUUCAUAGGUGUCCCAGGUACGGAUGAGCACUUAUAUGAUUCUCUUCUUUCCUGUUUACUGCAAAUUCUGCCUUAAGGCUUCUUCUCAUCAGGGCUCAGAAGCCGCUCAUUUUAAAGGAAAGGGCAGUUGGUUGGCACACUUUUCUGUCUGGAAAGCAGCUUUCUUUUUCACACAAGAGUUAAUGUAAAUCCGCUUUUGUAAAUCGCAAACUUUCAAUUUCAUUGACUCGAAUUUACAGCAGCUUUGUAUACCAGAAGAGGUUUUGGUAAGAGUUGAACAUUUUUAAACAAUGACUUUAAGACAUCAACAGAUUGUGGAUUAUAUCACACACACACACACACACACACACACACACACACACACUCACCCCACGUAGCUAAAUUAGGAAACAUGAUUUUCAAUUUUAUAAGGUUUCUGAUUGUUAAUGGGUAAAACUCAUGUUUCUUUUAAUAUAUCAAAUGAUAUUAUGUAUGUCCCUAAAAUAUGUCCCUGAAAUAAGCUGAACUGUGUUUCUGUCAGACUAAAUUUACCUAUGACUGAUAUGUAUAUUAGCAGUUAUUAGUUGACUUUUAAAAUUAAACGCAACUUCACGAUGAUGUUUUUGUAGAAAUUAAGUAGUCAAGCCGUGGCAUUUCUUGCAAUUUUGUACAGUAUUUGAGUAUAGUGCAAAUCAGGUCUGUUCACAAAAUCAAUAAAAGGGGCAUCUUCUGGAAAAUAAGCAAACUCUCAACACCAACCAAACACCCUGCUGUUCCUUUGUCUCAUUCGACUUUUCCCGUUUUAUUUCCUAGUGGGAUUUUACUAUCUGCUUUGCAUGAUUGUGUUCAUACCAGGGUCACAGCUUCAUCUUACUAACAGAAUUCGCUAUGAAGACAGCCUUGACAUUAAAACCUUCCUCACAAAAACAAAGAGUAAUCCAUAAACCUUAAUAAAAAUAUUACAUGAGCCAAUAAAUGUAUUUUGUUAAUUCCCUUUCAGUAACAUCUUCUCUAUCAUCUAAACAAGUUUUAGAGUGUGAAUAUUGCCCAUUUGAGUGAAAUAAAAUAUCCCCUGUUUCUUAAAUACUUACGUACAAACAAGGCUCUUGUGGUUAGGUCUGGCAUGGGUGCAGCAGUGAGAAGUGGUAUGACACUCGAUUGCUUUCUAUGGUAUAUGUUGCCAUACCUUAGGACCAGCUUAGGGUGGUGGAAGAGAGCUUAGAGGGUGACGGCACAUCAUAUUUCUCUUGCAGAAGGCUUGAUUUCAAAUUCCCAGCACCCACGUAGUAGCUCACAAUUAACUGUGACGAGAGCUCCAGGAGCUCUGACAUUCUCUGUAGGACUCCUUGGCUAGUACUACACAUGUGUUCACAUACCCCAUGACCCAAAAUAAUUUUAAAUAUAAAAUAAAUCUUUAAAAUUAGUAACUUAUCCUUCUGUCCCACCCUUUUAGUGGCUGAUUAUAGGUUACAUUAUUAUAAAUAUUUACAUAUAUAAAAAUAGUUCUUAAAUAAUUUUGACAGGCAAACCGAAAAGAUCCAUUUGUAUCUUCAACAAAGUGCUGGGGAUUAUGUUGAUGGCAGUAUUUUUCAGGAUGUUUAUUGAUUUUUGUUUUUAUUUUUUAUGGAAGACAGGUGUUUUUUUAUAUUAUAUGUAAAUAUCUCUCAUAUCACAAACAUAGACUCUAGGUAAAAAUAAAUUUUUAUUAUAAAUACCUAACAUAUAAAUAUAUCAAUCACAUUAAUAAUGAAAAAUUUAUGAGCUACAGACCUACUAAACUGGGGCUGUUCUUCUUUUUCCCUUACUCUCCUUAACAAUAAAUACAGUAAAAAAAAUGGUGCACAUAAAAUAUCCAUUGGAGAUAAAUUACAAAUUCAAACAUAUCUGGAUAAGUAAACUCAUGGAUAAUAUUUCUAUAAAUCCCCUUCAAUAGCUCACAAUUUAUUUAAAAUAAACUAAACAUUAUUUCACUCACAUUUUCUUUGGGUAUUAGUUUUCAUCUUGUCUCUGUCCAUCUGUCUAUCUAUCAUCAACCUAUCAUCUAUUUGUCUACCAAAUAGAUUAUCAUGUUAUCAUGUAUUUAUCUAUCAUCUAUCUAUCUGGCUAUUAUCAAUUUAUCAACUAUCAUUUAUUUAUCUACCAUCUAUCUACCUAUCUAUCCAUUCAUCUAUCUAUGCAUCUUUGUCUCUAUGUCUCCAUGUCUCUAUCUUUCUAUGUCUUUAUCCAUCCAUCUAUCUAUCAUCUAUCAUCUAUCUAUCUAUCUAUCUAUCUAUCUAUCUAUCUAUCUACCUAUCUAUCGAUCUAUCUACCUACUUAACCACCUUAGCCCAUCAAAUCUUCAUGAGGCUAGAUGUAUUCUUUCCCAAUGAGGCCAGACAAAGCAGCCAAACUAGAAAAACAUAUCCUACAUAUAUAUAGUCAAGAGAUUUUGGGAUAUCCUCCAUUCCAGUUGUUUGAGACCCAGAUAAAGACCAAGCUGCAUAUCUGCUACAUAUGUGCCAGAGGGCAUACAUCCAGCUGUGUAUGUUCUUUGGUUGCCAAUUCUGUCUCUGAGAGUCCUGAGGAUCCAGGUUAGUUGACUCUGUUGGUUUCCUGUGGAGUUCCUCUCCCCUUUGGGCCACCAAUCCUUACCCCUAUUCUUCCCUGAGUCCCCAGCCUACAGCCACUCUUUGUGCUGUCCAAGUCAGCUGCUGGAGAAAACUUUUCCAAAGCUCUGUGAAUACUUUGUAUUUUGGGAUGGCCUGUCAUCAUUCCAUUGAGAGUAGGAGUCCAUACAUUCCCUUUCAGCAGCUGGAAAGGACUUUGUUCUGUGUGCACAUGUAUGCCUUAUAUCCUUAGACACUGUUUUGAGAAACGGAAACAUAUCUUAGACAAAAUCUUGAGACGGAAUUACUAAACAUGUAAUAUCUGUUAUUAAAUUUUAAACAUCCCAAUAUACAUUUCCAUAAUUUUGAGGCAAUUAUUAGAUAUAUUUUCAUUUGAAAUGAUUCAAGAUUUCAAGGGAACCAUGAAAAAAUCAUUUGCUGACUCAAAAUACCACUUAUUUUCAUUCAUUUUGGAUCUCACUAAUACUUUUUAAUUUCCUUUUAUAGCCUGAGGAGUUUGUUCAUUAAAGGCAGUAAACUAUAUUUUAUUGAAAUAGUUCAUAACACAAUAUGAAGCAUGAAGUUACUGACUCACAUUAAAAGGACAGAACAAUUAGCAAAAGUUAAUAUCAAUAAAUAUAAGGCUUAGUUAUUAAUUUGUACACCUUGAACAUAUGUAUAUUCACACACAAUAGCAGGGCAUGAAAGGUGCUUACAGCCAUGUGUGCACCAGACAAAUUACAAAAUGUUUUAAAAUGAAAGUGUACAUCGAUUAAAUUAGUAUUAAUGUUUAUGUUGAAUUUAUUUAUAUUUUCUAUUACUUUUUAACAGUUCAUACUUUUAGCAAAUUCAAAAAAACAGAAUGAUAAAAAAUACCACAGGGAAAAAUUAGGGUUUUACUAAUUGAAAUAACUAAAAUAUCUUUCCCCUUUAAUUUGUAAGAAAGUGGAUAAGCACACACACACACAAACACACACACACACACCCCAAAUAUUACCCUAUUACUCCACUCAGUAUUUACAAAACUGCAAACCCUGAGUGACAAGAAGUCCUGCAAUGAUGUGAUUUUAUGUAAUAAAUGCACCUGUCAACAUAUAUUGUUAGAGAAAUUGGUUUUGCACUUACUUUCUUAAUUUUUUAAGAUUAUACAUCCAGUCAGGAAGCCUCUACCUACUUUACAACAUAACAAAAUCAAGGAAAAUAUAUUUUUCAUCCACCCAGCAUCCAUGGCUGUGAAGUUUCCCACGUACUAACCUUGAUUACUAACUCAUUUAAAAUACAAACUCUUGGAUUUUCCAUAUUUUGGCCCAUAGGGACUCACCAGGUAUUUUAGAACUUCUCAAAAGAAAGUGCCGCUCUGUGUAUUUCUUUGUGUUUUCUAAUUUGGGCAGUAUUUUUGUUUUCUGUAUUGUUAGUUUUAUGAAGUUCAAACCUACUGGAGUUAAAAGAUUUUGUAUUAUUCCUAUCAAACCUUUUGUUGUAAUUCAUGAUUUGUAGAAACAAAAGAACCCAAAUUGAUGGAUUCCAAAUGAAUAUUAUGAUUAUUGUGAUUAUUAUGCCUGUGGCAGUAGGGUUGGCAUUUUCUGUGUUCCUGACUAUGGAGAUUUACUCCCUUAUACCAGCCUGCUCUGUGAGAGCCAGUGUCACUGGAUCACCAUGACGGAACAACUUUGGAAGCAAAGCAACAUGGCCGUUUCCACAUCCUCUUGUUCUUACAUUACUAAAGGCAGAAGGUGGGCUCUGCUUUAAAUCUAGACGUUUAAUGUACAAAGAGAGAGUGGCUUUCCACUACUCAGCUGCCACUGUCACAGAUUAAACUUGUCUGUCUCUGUUUCCUUGUCA